AUGAAACGCAACGUUAGCGACGAUGAGCAAUCCAAGCGUUCAGCCAAACGUCAUGGCAGAUUGCCUGCAAACAACAACAGUAGUAGCAGUGGAAGCGGCAAUGGUGGAAAUGAUGACGACGGCUCUCCAAGACCAGAAAUUCCCCCGCAAGCCCCCAUCCCCGCUGCGAUUGCUGCCCGCGAUGCGGGUGGCGGUACAUUUCCCAAUCCUACCAAUUUUGCAGAGCGCCUGAUGCACGUGUUGGAGAAUGGACUUGCCAAUGGCUCCCUUUGGUGGGUGGGAGAUGGUCAAACCUUUGCCGUGGAUUCAACCAAGAUCCAACAAAACAAUAUCUUGCAGAACCUUUUCCAGAACAAUGGCCCCACGGACUUUCUCGCCAAUAUGAAUCGAUGGGGGUUCCGUCGUACCAGUGAGAAUCCUGGGCCUGAUACAGUUCUGUCCUUUCAGAACAGUUUGUUCCGCAGAGAUCACCCCCAUUUGGUGAGACACAUGCGAAUGGACAGCAACAUUCAGGAGGUGUUUGGGAGGGCUCAACUGCACAAUGAGACCGAGCAAACGGCCGCUCAACUCGAUGCGGCGGCCAGGGCAGCUGCUUCGGUCGCUCAGUCCACGACCGCGGGCAAUGCUGCUGCUGCUCCCAAUCAAGUGGGAUCAGCCCAGCAGCCCCAACCGCAGGCACAAGCAAGCAGCAAUGCAGCGGCCGCCUUUGGUCAGCAGCCACAGCAACAGGGAAACAAUGUUUCGAUUCAAGGACAGCUUGCGGCCUUUUUGAGCAGUCGUAUUGGAGGGCUUGGACUGCAACUGCAACCGCAGCAGCCACAGCAGCAACAACAACAGCAGCAGCUUCCUAAUAUGGCAAAUUCCAUGGUGAUUCUUCAGCAGCUUUUGGACCAAGCCCAGCGAUACCUCAGUGAACCAACCAUCCCCGCAACAGAAAACUCGACGGUUCGAACAUUGUUGCAGUUGCUGUUGGUGACAGGAAGGCAAGAAAUGCCUCGGUUACAAGAGCAUGAACGAUUGAGAGAACAGCAACAACGACAAGCACAGCAACAGCGACAGGAUCCCGUGCACCAGUUGUUAGCACAACUUACUCAGGCCAUGCAGCCUGGUCAGAACCAAAACCAGCAGACUCAAAACAACGUUUCUGUUGUGAUGCAGCUGCUUCAGCGGCAGAAUCAACCAAAUGCCCAGCAGAGUGCUUCACAAAAUGCUCAGCAGCAUGUUCAGCAAAGCACCCAGCAGAGCGUUCAGCAAGCUGCCCAACAAAGUGUUCAACAAGCUGCCCAACAAAGUGUCCAGCAGGCCGCCCAGCCGAGUGUCCCACAAAAUGCCCAGCAGAAUGUUCAGCAAAACGCCCAGCAUACUCAACAAAAUCAGAACCAAAACCAGCAACAACAAGGAGUGUCGUUGCAGCAGCAGCUGCUUCAAUUGCAGCGGCAGCAAGCCCAACAGCAAAACUCAACCAGCCAGAACGCUGCUGGAAACCAGGCCAACAAUGCUGCCGCUUUGGCCAUGGCACAGAACCAGAAUCAACAGAGCCAACAGCAGGCCAACAACGCGGCGGCUUUGUCUAUAGAAUCAACAAAACCAACAGCAAACCAACAACGCCGCCGCAGCAAUGCCAUGGCGUUGUCCAUGUUGCAGAACCAGAACGCCCCCCAAAAUAUGCUGCAACAGCUGCUGCAAAGACAGAAUCAACAGCAAAGCGGCGCAAACAACCAGAACGCCGUUGCCAAUGUGCAGCAGAACGCCCAGCAAGCCACCUUGGUUCAGCAGCUACAGCAGGUGCAACAACAGCAACAGAAUGCUCAACGACAACAGCAGCAACAGCCAAACGUUCAGCAACACAAAACAACCAGAAUUGCAGCCGCCAACGUGCAGAAUGCUCAGAAUGCCAACCCGCUGCAGAACGCAGUCGCCAACCAACUACAGAAUGCAGCGCAGAACGGUGCACCGAACUUGGCGCAACUGAUGCAGUUGUUGCAACAGAGGCAACAGCAGAAUCGUUAG